UUAUCCCUAAUCCCUCCGCGGUUCCAACGCCGUGAUUGGAUGCUGACUGCUUGCCAGGAAGAAAGGAGCGUUGUGAUGAGUCCGAAAACAGGAUCACAAGCAAUAAUUCUACAAUAUUGGGUGAUUUGUGAAUAAAUAUUGGGGUGCAGGAUCCCUGCGGUCAGACCAGACAGGCCGCUGUUUCUCGCCACUGUGUUCCAAACCUGCUGCUGCUUUAACCAGGCAUGAUGGGGCCGAGCGGCGACACAGACGGAAGCUUAUCUUAGCUCUUUAUCCGAUCCAGCUUUUGGUUCCGGUAACCUGAGGCUGUCGAACCUAGGAAACACUGAUACAUGGAGCAGCACAGAGUGGAGCCACCAUGUCGCCUGCUUGAAAACAGAUCCGGUGCUGAAACUGCAUAACGGCUUUUAGAUUUCCGUUUUUUUUCUAAAAUCAACCCGUUCAACCCUCUGCAUCAGUAAAAAUGUUACAAUUGGAGAAAAAUUGUGAGACAAAAAUGCUCCACAGAGGUCAAAUUACCUCUCAACACUGACUUCAAUUCAAAAGAUGCUGGGAAUAUUUCGUGGACGAAGGAAGUUCCUGGCAGCCUCUCUUGUCUUGCUUUUCAUCCCCACACUCACCUGGCUUUACCUGUCAAUUGGAAAUUUUCAAGUGAAGCCCCUACGUCUAUCUUCAUUGGAAGCACAGUCACCUCCACCACUGGUUGAUGCUAAUGCACGGCUGGCCUUGGAGCUGAGGAUCCGAGUGGUGGAAGAGGAAAACAAGGCCCUGCGCCAGGAGCUCAGUCGUCCUCUCAGGAACUCGUCUUCUUCCUAUACAAACUUCACAAGCAAAGGAAACCAAAGUCGAACUCAUUUAGAAGAAGGCACCAGUAACAAUGAUGGACAAAAGAAUGCUGCUGUGGGGAACAACUCCAACUGUUUACAACAUCAGUUAGUGGAUAAAUGUGAGGUAGUGUUGCUACCCACAGUGGGUGGCAGUGGGAUCCCAAUCACUUUUUCACCUGGCCUCAUCACUCUCCCCAGUGUCUUCCUGUGUCAGGCACUGCUGCUCUCAUGCCUUGGAAAGCUGCUGCUGACUAUCCAUGUGGCCAUCGUAUGUGCAGGUUACAACGCAAGUCGAGAUGUUGUAACAUUGGUGAAAUCUGUUCUUUUCCACAGACGGAAUGCGCUUCAUUUCCACUUCAUCACAGACUCUAUUGCAAAGAAGAUUCUCUCCUAUUUGUUUCAUUCUUGGAUGGUCCCUGCUGUCAGGGUGAACUUCUAUGAUGCAGAUGAGCUUAAGUCUGAAGUGUCAUGGAUACCUAAUAAACACUACUCUGGUAUCUACGGACUAAUGAAACUGGUGCUCACCAAGACGCUGCCCAUGAAUCUGCACAGGGUCAUUGUUCUUGACACAGAUAUCACUUUUGCCACUGACAUUGCUGAGCUCUGGGCUGUCUUUCACAACUUUAAAGGUCAGCAGGUUCUCGGUCUAGUAGAAAACCAGAGUGACUGGUAUCUGGGGAAUCUCUGGAAGAACCAUCGACCCUGGCCAGCACAAGGGAGAGGUUUCAACACUGGGGUUAUUUUACUUCUCCUGGAUCGGUUACGGAAGGUCAGAUGGGAGCAGAUGUGGAGACUGACAGCAGAAAGAGAACUAAUGAGCAUGCUGUCCACCUCAUUGGCAGACCAGGACAUCUUUAAUGCAGUGAUCAAGCAGAACCCAUUCCUUGUUCACCAGCUCCCCUGCUAUUGGAACGUUCAACUAUCGGACCACACUCGCUCUGAAAAAUGCUACAAAGAUGUAUCAGACCUGAAGGUGAUCCACUGGAACUCCCCCAAGAAGCUACGAGUCAAAAAUAAGCAUGUCGAGUUCUUUCGAAAUCUUUAUCUUACUUUUCUGGAAUACGAUGGUAACCUGCUGCGACGAGAGCUGUUUGGCUGCCCAAGUGAGACUGACCCCAACAGUGAAAAUCUGCAAAAGACUCUGUCAGAGCUUGAUGAAGAUGACCCCUGUUAUGAGUUUCGGCGAGAGAGAUUUACAGUUCAUCGAACGCAUCUUUACUUUCUCCACUAUGAAUAUGAGCCCAGUUCUGACCAAAGUGAUGUCACUCUUGUUGCCCAGCUAUCUAUGGACAGGCUCCAGAUGUUAGAGGCUAUCUGUAAGCACUGGGAAGGCCCCAUCAGUUUGGCCCUAUACCUUUCAGAUGCUGAGGCACAGCAAUUCCUGCGAUACGCACAGGGAUCUGAGGUACUGAUGGGCCGCGGAAAUGUAGGUUACCAUGUAGUCUACAAAGAGGGGCAAUUCUAUCCGGUCAAUCUCCUGCGAAACGUGGCCAUGCAGCAAGUCAACACAAACUAUAUGUUCCUAUCAGACAUUGAUUUCCUCCCAAUGUAUGGCCUUUAUGAGUAUCUCAGGAAAUCAGUGGUACAGCUUGACAUGGCCAACACUAAAAAAGCCCUAGUAGUUCCAGCCUUUGAGACUCUGCGAUAUCGACUUUCCUUCCCAAAGUCUAAGGCAGAAUUACUCUCCCAGCUGGAUAUGGGCACACUCUUCACCUUUAGAUACCAUGUGUGGACCAAAGGCCAUGCGCCAACUAACUUUGCCAAAUGGCGGACAGCCACCACACCUUACAAAGUGCUGUGGGAGGCCGAUUUUGAGCCCUAUGUGAUGGUGAAGAGAGACAGUCCUAAGUAUGACCGCCGUUUUGUGGGCUUUGGCUGGAACAAGGUGGCUCAUAUCAUGGAGCUUGAUGCACAGGAGUAUGAGUUUGUGGUCCUGCCAAAUGCCUAUAUGAUUCAUAUGCCCCAUGCUCCCAGCUUUGACAUCACAAAGUUUCGCUCCAAUAAGCAGUACCGGGUCUGCCUUAAAACCUUGAAGGAGGAGUUCCAGCAGAACAUGUCUCGUCGCUUUGGCUUUGCUGCUCUGAAGUACAUGACAGUUGAAAAUAACAGCUAGUCAGCACUCCAGGCUCAAACUCCUCUGAAGAAGAACUACUCCAGUUCAUGGGGUAGGAAAAUAUUCAUGGGGUAGGAAAGUUAAACACACAAUUGAAUUACUUAAAUGGGGCCCUUUGGAUUUUGUGAGACUUGAGAACCUGAAACUUUAAAAGAAGAUUUUAGUCUGAGCAACCUUGACAUAUUUUAUGAUUAUGUGUGAGUAGAAGUGAUGAUUAUUGAGGAUUGCUCUUUUGUGGUGACAGACUGUGUGGGCCAACUGUGCAGUUCAUCAUGAACUCGGAAAGAAGAGGAGAGAAUUAAUGUCUUAUCACAUUUCUAAGACCACUGACAUAUUUUGUGGCUGUAAAAUGAUAUUGUGAGUGAGUGUAUCUUUCCUUCAGGACAGAGCUUAGGAAGAGCUGUGAAAAAAGAGGAGCUGAAGAAACCACCACAGAUUAAUUGAUAGAAGGCCAGAUGAAGCAAAGCAGGAAAUACGUCCCAAUAAUUCAGAAAUCUCUGGAGGGGUUUCCUCUCAUUUUGAAUCAGACAUUAGUGUUUUCUUCCCUUUGCCCUGGUGUCAGGCGCCACCAUUAUAAACCAGAGUAGGUUAUUUUUAGAUGGCCAUGUCAUGGUUUCAGCUAGCCUUCCUCUGCAUUUCCGCUCAAAAAAGUUUUCACUUCCAGCACUCACUCUUUCUAGUCUUGCUCCCCUUGAGUUGAACCUGCUCAAUUUUUGACUAGGGUAGAACAGAAGAAGUUCACCACAAAAUCAAUAAUGUCAAUUUUAUUGACGUCAAUUUUCGGUGACUGACGAUAGUGGGGGUCUCAAAAACAUAUAUUUCAUGGACUAUAUCGUUAGUUUAAGUGACAUUGCUUUUAGGUACCGGUUUUUUAAUUUCUCAAACUACAGUUUCUUUUGCAUAUUUUUGAUUUUUGAAUAUAGUCAUUCAGUCUAUAUUGGCCACAAUUCCAAAUAUUGAAUCAAUAUUAACAGCCAAAUCAUUCGGAUCGGCAAAUCUCUCUUCACAGUUGUUGGCAAUUUCCGGUUAGCUUCUUAGUGUCAAACUGAGAGGAUUACAUACACAAACGUUAGCGUUUAGAUGAAAUUUAAAACCUUAGCACCGUCCACGCCUCCAACAAGUAAUCAUUUCUCAACCAAGCUGUUGAGAAAUGAAAAACUCAUUUCAACAUUUCAACAGUACUAUGCUGUACAAAGCAAAGUAUAGUAGAAGGAACUGGUUUUUAUCCAGGCCCCAGGUUUUAGCUGCAGCUCAGCUGAAUGCAUAGAACCAACAAGUUGCAUUUUUUCCUGCUUGCAUUAAAGUAAUAAUAAUCAAGGCAUCAUUUCAAUUAAACUGAGAUGAGAGUUUGGAAUUUUUUUCUUUAAAAUUUUUUUCAAAAAGUGGAAGGUUCUUCAAGGAACCAGUGUUUUUUGUCUUUUAAAUCAUAUAUUCCCCCGGUUUCUGCUUUCUUACAGAAAGAAGUGAAAGUCAGAAUGAAAUUGUGUAGUAUCCAGAUUUUGAAUUCAUGGCUAUGAAGACACAAAUAACUAUAGCAGUAGAACACAAAGUUCUACUGCUGAAUUUUAGCUCAGCAGUAGAACUGGAUUUCUACUGUUAAAGAUUUAUCGCAUGAUGUAACCUGACCUUCAGAGUGUGGUCAGUGCACAAUUUUUGGAGAAGGUUAUAAAGAUGUUAAAUGUUUUAUGUAAUAAAUCUAAUCAUCACACUUAUCUCUUUCCUAACAAUUGACAGGGAUGAACCACUGUACACCAUGUGUUACAGGCCUCAUGGAGUGGGUAUACAUGGGGGUCGCCUGUAAAUUAUUGAAAUCAGCAAAGACUUGAGACCCCCACUAAAACGUAUAUUUCAUGGACUAUAUCAUUAGUUUAAGUGACAUUGCUUUUAGGUACCGUUUUUUUAAUUUCUCAAACUAUAGUUUCUUUUGCAUAUUUUAGAUUUUUGGUAUUGGAAAAUCUGCAAAUAGGUGAAUCCUCAAAUACUGAAUAGGCGGGGUUCUAUCGUACCAUGGUUUUCAUCCAUCCAUCCAUGCAUUUUCUUACACUCUUAUCCCUAGUGGGGUUGGGAGGGGUGCUGGUGCCUAUUUCCAGCGAGACAUUUCAGAUGAGAGGUGGGGUACAUCCUGGACAGGUCACAGUCCACUGACAAACCACAAUGCAUCCAAGCACUCACACCAAAGGAGAAUUUAGAGAACCCUAUUAACCUCACAGUCAUGUUUUUGAACUGUGGGAUGAAGCUGGAAUACCUGGAGAGAUGUCAGGGAGUUUCUCCUCAUACUUUUCUUAAGAGUUUAAUUCUCUGUAAUAAAUACCAGAGACAUUUUAUGAGUGAUCGACUCUCCCAUCCAUUCCUUCAGUGCAUGACUUCUCACUCAUUUUAUUUUAUUUCAUUUUCAAGAUGAAAAAGUCAGCUCUUUGGAAAGUCAUUAAGGGAAAAUCAGAAUAGAAAGCAAAGAAGCAUUUUGUUCUUUACUUUUAUGGUGAAACUUUAAAAGUUCAGUUAGCAUGAGCAAGCCUGACACUCUGCAGACUUUAGGGUUGCUCUCACAGGGGGAACGGUCUCUGAUGAUCAAAAAUCAUCUGAUGGACAGUAUCUGAUGGAUGAUUUUUAGCUGUCAGAUACCAUUCCACCCCCCUGCCACAUAGGGGGAAGAACAGUACCUCAUGGGUAACGUUGAGGAUUACAAUGCAUUCCCCUGGUCUUAGGUUAUAGAGCGCUGUAUGGAGUAUAAUGUAAUAUCUAUAUCUAUUUAUGUCUUUAUAUCAGAAUACCUGUAUUCUGAUAUAGAUAUAAAACAAACAUUUAUUUGUUGUUCUCCAACUAAUGAAUGCAUUUUCUUCCAAAAACAUGAUUCGUAGAAGAGAAAACUGUUAGUGUGGCAUAAUUAAAGUAAAUUUUGUUUGUUUCAGGUAAAACCUGACAAAUCCUCUCUGCAUUGGAUCCUCUCAGUGAGUUUUUCAUAAGGAUAUCAAAAUGAGCAGUUACUUUUGGCAGUUCUCGUUUGCAGAAGUUUUAUUUAGGAGAACUUAAAAAAUGCUGGAACUCUGAUUGAUGUAGUCCAAAUGAGAGUCAAUUGUCAGUUAAACAUUCUGGUCCUUUAAGUUACUUUUUUCAAAAAGUGUUCCAUGUUUAACUGAGUGAACAUGUUUUAAGGGUUGCUAUGAGAUUCACUCAUGUUGUGACAAUCAGAUAUGAUUUGGAGAUUCAGCUGAGUGCUGAGUCAAUAUGUACUGUGGUGGUUCUCUUUGGGUGCUGGUGGCUUUUCCCUCCCUCUGUUAUUGUGACUGCAUUCACCCUAUGAACUUAUGAUACAAGACUACCAUUUUGUUAAUUUAAAACUGUUUCAAAAAGAUGUGUGAGGGAUUGCUAUGUCUGAUGCUCAGUAUAUGUGCAUUUAAAUUUGCAACAUUGAGCAAGUUUGUGUUGUGAAAGUAGGACAGACCUCAGCUGUUACCUUAAUAAAAGCAGAAUAAAGCAAA